AUGCCUGAAGGGGCCAGGAGCGACAACAUGUCUGAAGGGGGCUGGGACGACAAGAUGCUUGAAGAGGGCAGGGGCGACAAUAUGCCUGAAGGGGGCAGGGUCGACAACAUGCUUGAAGGUGGCAGGGGGGACCACAUGCCAAAAGGGGGCAGGAGCGACAACAUGCCUGAAGGGGGCUGGAGCGACAACAUGCCUGAAGGCGGCUGGGACGACAACAUGCUUGAAGGGGGCAGGGACAACAACAUGCCUGAAGAGGACAGGAGCGACAACAUGCCUGAAGGCGGCUGGGACGACAACAUGCUUGAAGGGGGCAAGGGCAACAACAUGCCUGAAGAGGGCAGGAGCGACAUCAUGCCUGAAGGGGGCAAGGGCGACAACAUGCCUGAAGGGGGCAGGGGCGACAACAUGCUUGAAGGUGGCAGGGGCGACAACAUGCUUGCAGGAGGCAGGGUCGACACCAUGCUUCAAGGGGGCAGUGGCGACAACAUGCCUGAAGGGGCCAGGAGCGACAACAUGUCUGAAGGGGGCUGGGACGACAACAUGCUUGAAGAGGGCAGGGGCGACAAUAUGCCUGAAGGUGGCAGGGGCGAACACAUAUCUUAA